AUGAGCAAUUUUAUGGCAUUAGAUUAUGGAAGGCCGGUUCCUACCAUCGCGCAUGCUGUCCGUUUGGAGGAAAAGGUAUCUCGAGAGCUGCUACCAAAGACUGUUACAUCAUCGGCAUUUACCAGCGGUCGAGAUGGAUCGAGUAUCGAAGAUAAAAUCUUCGCAGCACUGCCGGAGCAACAGACAGCGAAAUUUCUCAUGUCUGAGGCAAGCUAUGGCCCCUUCUUCAGCCCUGUCUUCAUCCCACUCCCCCCAAAAUCUCAGGUUGAGUCUAUGUUUGAAAUCGCUUUCGACGAGAUUAACUAUGUCCUGCCAUUGUUUGAUGCUCAAGUUCUAAACAAUCUUCUUCAAGGGCACUAUGCUGAUCCUGUUGCUUCUCCUGGAAAGGACCCUGCGCGAUGGGCUAUGAUAAACUCCGCCUUAGCAGUUGCAAUUCAACUGCGGUCUGCUCCAAAAUCCCGAAGCGAGAUGACGAAACUAUCAUGGUGCUUCUUCAAGAACGCAUUCAGCGUGUACACUGCCAUUUCGCUACGAGGAACAAGCGUUUUGGCACUGGAGGCACUUCUUGCCAUGGCUAUUUUUAUGCAAGGUACCAACGAUACGCGGACUACGUCUCUUUUGAUAUGUACGGCCGCUCGUCUAUCAUUAACACUUGGAUUGCAUCAAGAAUCUUACGUCUCGGGGUUGGAUUCUGCAACCAAGGAACGCAUUAGGCGGGCGUUUUGGAUUUCCUUCAUACUCGACAAAGACAUACCCAUCUUGACGGGAUCCCCUUCAACGUACGACGAUAAUGUCGCAAGCCUUCACUUCUGCGAUCCCAUUGUGACUGCGUUAUCGGGAGUUCAAUUUAACCCCAAAACAAACCUUCCAUCAGUGCUGUUUCGGUGUCGAGUUGAAUUAGCGGCAAUAGCACACAUCAUCCAGAAAGACCUUCGAUUGGAACUACUCAGCAAACAAGACCAAUCAAGGCUUCAAGGAGUUGUGGGGGAGCUUGAUCGUCGACUGGAGGAGUGGAAAGAGAAUCUGCCGGCAGACUUACGACCUGGCUAUAUCACUUGGCCAGAGACCCCGCCCAUGGCAAGGGAGUCUAUCAUAUCUUUGCAUUUUUCGUACUAUCAGGCUCUCAUUACGAUUUAUGGCUUUCUUGCAGAAUUCAAGCAGGAGAACUCCCAUAACGCGGGCUGGCGAACGGAGUUAUUUAGGUCAUCCCCAACUUUUGCCGCCUCACAAAUUCUCCACCUACUGGAGUAUUUGCCUCCCCAACAACCUGGGCGGCUUUGGUAA